AUGGCAUCCCAGCCAGAUAGCAAAGAGCUAAGCUAUACCUGUCAAGAUCAUUGCGAAGAAACGUGGUGUGGAUCUAAGUGGCAACCAAAGUUGAAUUUCAUAAAGAAGAGUCAAAUCAUCAUUCAAAGGAUGAAAAUGACUAUUAUAAAGCAAAUUGUGGAUGAGCUAUUUGUGUAGAAUGCUCUGAAUUAAGAAGAAGUAAACAUCAUUUGCUGUGAGAAGGUCCAGCAGGAUGCUGCGAGAAGGAUCAACCACAUGACUUUGAAGAUGGCCUCCCAAUCCUGUAACCUCGAUCUCAAAUCCCUUGAAAAAUGAAAAUGUCCUCUUUUCAGGAUUUGAAUGGACAAAGUAAUCUUUCUCAGCAGAUAUUGAGAAGACUUAGAUGAUUUUUCUCAGGAUCUAAAGGCUUUAUACCAUAUCCCAUCUUUUCCGAACUUUUUUCCCCUGGGUGAAGAUACUGACAUUAUUUUUAAUUUGAAAGGCACCUUCACAGAACCUGUUCUUUGGAGGAAGGACCCUCACCAUCACAUAUUGGAAGCAGCUGGUCUGAAUGGUCUGCUAGACACUGGAACUAUCACAGCAAGAUGCAGACUCAGCAAUUCACUAAAGUCUCAAGAGCCACAGGAGGUGACCACGUGGGAAAGUAACUUACAGAAAAUGGCUUUCAUUUCAGACAUUAUCAAGUAUAGCAUCCUGCUCUUAUAUGAGGGUGGAUCAUCUACUGAAGCCACCAGGACUGUUUUGAAACACCCUGCAGCAGUGUAUCCACAUAGUAGCUUCCUGGGGCUCUCCAACACGAGGAAGCCUCUCUGGAGGUAAGAAUCUAUGCAAAAUGUGAAAAACACUCCUGUGCAAGAAACUCUGAAAGCCAUCAACAUCAAUUCCUUUACAGAAUGUGGCAUUAAUUUAUUCCAUGGGAGUAUAUCUGAAUCACACCUGAGCAAAGAAUUUGAAAAUUUCCUUUGUGCUAAAAGCUUAUAUAUCAACUCAGAGAACAUCCCUGAUUACUUAUUUGACUUGUUUGAACACUUACCUAAUUGUGCAAGUGCUCUGGACUUGAUUUCACUUGACUUCUGAGGAGAAGCUAGGGCCUCACGGGACAAGACUACAGAAGACAUGAGCAGGACUCAGGAAGAGACCUCAGAAACCCACAUUCCCAGCAGGGCUGUGUCUUUGUUCUUCAGCUGGAGGCAGGAAUUCAAGACUCUGGAGGUCGCACUCCAGGACUUCAGGAAGACGAAAUAUCUGGGUAAGAUAUUCAGCCCUGCUACAAGCCUCAGAUUGUGCAUUACAAGACAGGGUGGUGUGGCCGGAGGUUCGGUUCUCAGCACCUGUGAGAACCUUCAUUCUCUUGUAGAAGCCAGUCCCCUCACCAUAGAAGAUGAGCAGUAUUAUAUCACACUGGUGACAAACCUAACCACCCUGAGUUUUCAAGACCUACAGACUCCACAACUGCAGGGGAUUAGAGACAUCAGCAGUUUAAGCUAUAAUCAAGCCCAGGGGCACCAUGGAAAUAUGAGUCUGACAAACCUGAAGAAGAUGAGUUUACUUCAUAUGACCCACUUGUCUGAUAUUGGGAAGGGAAUGGAUUACAUAGUAAAUCUGUCAGCUGAACUCUGUGACCUUGAAGAAAUCCAAUUAGUUUCCUGCUGCCUGUCAGCAAACACCGUGAAAACCCUAGAUAACUCUCAGAAUCUUCACAAUUUGGCCAAACUGAGCAUUCUUGACUUAUCUGAAAAUCACCUGGAAAAUGAUGAAAUGAAGCUCUCUACACAAAUUGUGAUAUGGCUCCACAUCCUGGAACAGCUAACUGUGCUGAUGCUGCCCUGGUGGAGUGACAUAUGAGUUAGUUUGACGAGGCUGUUGGAGAAAGUGGAGGCUCCCCCCCCUCAGUUUGUCAAGAUUGGGCUGAAAAACUGGACACUCAAGAUGCCAAGAUUAGAUGCAUUUUUUGAAAAGAAUCCUCUGAAAAAUUUCCAGCAGUUGGAUUUGGUGGGAAAUUGUGUGAGCAGUGACGGAUGGCUUGCCUUCAUUAAUAUAUUUCAGAAUCUCAAGCAAUUAUUAUUAUUUUUUUUUCACUUCAGUACUACAAGAUUUUUGCCUGAUGCAGCAUUAGUCAGGAAACUUAGCCAUGUGUGGUUGAAGUUAACUUUUUGCAAAAAGGGGCUUGUUGGGUAGCAGUUUGAUGACGACGAUAUUAGUGUUAUUAAGGUGUUUUUAAAUGGUAACUUAAAUAAAGGCCAUCCUGAGCCCGUGAAUGCUCUGGGGACCCCAUUACUUUCAACCUAG